GGUUGAACUGGCACGUCUGAAGGAGAUCAAAGCCAAAUUAGAACAAGAAGACGAUCUUGGAGCGGAGCCGUUUCUGGACUACGUCGCUUAUCGCCUACAUCCCCUGAACACACGCGGUGAAGACAGGCGUUUAUUUGGCAUACAUCCUCAGCAGCUUCAGAACAACUCAUGUGCUUUGAGCGAUUUGAGUGCUGCUAUGUGGUGUGUAAAACCACCCAAGUAG